CUAUCCUUUUAUCACAUUUCUCUCUUCCUCAGCUUUUCUCCCACUAGAAAUGAAAAGUUUUCACACAGACCAUAAUCCCUCGGCGGUGGAAUUCGGCGGGAAUAACUUCGACGAUGAUGGUCGGGAGGAGAGAACGGGGACGGUGAUAACGGCGAGUGCUCACAUCAUCACGGCUGUGAUAGGUUCAGGAGUCUUGUCCUUGGCUUGGGCAAUAGCACAACUUGGUUGGGUGGCAGGAACAGUGCUUUUGGUAACUUUUGCCGUUAUAAAUUACUUCACAUCUACAAUGCUCGCCGACUGUUACCGAUGUCCGGACACUGGAAAACGUAAUUAUAAUUACAUGGACGUUGUCAGAGCUUACCUUGGUGGUUGGAAAGUGAAGCUAUGUGGAUUCGCACAGUAUGGGAGUCUAGUAGGGAUCACUAUUGGUUACACCAUCACUGCCUCCAUAAGCUUAGUAGCGAUCGGGAAAGCUAAUUGUUUUCAUCACAAAGGACAUGAUGCAAAAUGUUCCGUAUCAAAUUAUCCACUCAUGGCGGCGUUUGGUAUCAUCCAGAUUGUUCUUAGUCAGAUUCAUAAUUUCCACAAGCUCUCUUUUCUCUCCAUCAUCGCCACUGUUAUGUCCUUCUCUUAUGCAUCUAUUGGAAUAGGCUUAGCGGUGGCCUCUCUGGCAAGUGGGAAGGUUGGUAAGACAGAUCUGACAGGCACGGUGGUUGGAGUGGACGUAACUGGGGCUGACAAAAUAUGGAGGUCGUUCCAAGCAGCUGGAGACAUUGCCUUUUCAUACGCAUUUUCCGUUGUUCUCGUUGAGAUUCAGGAUACACUGAGAUCAAGCCCACCAGAGAACAAAGUCAUGAAAAUAGCAAGCCUUGCUGGAGUCUCAACUACAACUGGUUUCUACGUUUUAUGUGGCUGCAUCGGAUAUGCUGCUUUUGGAAACCAAGCCCCUGGAGACUUCCUUACUGACUUUGGUUUUUAUGAACCUUACUGGCUCAUCGAUUUUGCUAAUGCUUGCAUUGCUGUCCAUCUAAUCGCAGCCUAUCAGGUGUUUUCACAACCAAUAUUCCUGUUUGUUGAGAAGAAAUGCAACAAAGCGUGGCCAGAAAGCAGUUUCAUCACUCAAGAACAUUUGGUGAAUAUACCAUUGCUCGGAAAAUGUCGCAUCAACUUCUUAAGACUGGUGUGGAGGACAACCUAUGUCAUGUUGUUAACAAUUGUAGCAAUGAUAUUUCCCUUUUUCAACGCGAUAUUGGGCCUUAUCGGAGCACUCACAUUCUGGCCGCUAACAGUUUACUUCCCGGUGGAGAUGCACAUCUCGCAGAGAAAGGUUGAGAAGUAUUCUAUGAGAUGGAUAGGGUUGAAACUCCUUGUAUUGGUUUGUUUGAUUGUUUCGCUCCUAGCUGCAGUAGGAUCCAUCGUCGGCUUGAUAAGUAGUGUCAAAACAUACAAGCCUUUCAACAAUUUAGAUUAGUUAUUUGUAAGUUGUAACCUAAGCUAUCUGAAUACAUAGUUGAUAAAGAACUAUGUUAACAUAUAUAAGAAAAUGAAUACAUACUUAUAAUGAGCUA